AGGUGGAUGAGUGGGUGGGAGGAUGGGUGGACCGACCCCUAGAGGAUACAGGUACAGACUAAUAAGUGAGCUUCCAGUCCCCGCGCUGUGCUGGCCGCGCCGUGCGUUAGGAAAGUUCCACACGCCCGGAGCCGGUCCGGUCCGCUCGGGGCCCGGAGAGCAGCCGCGGGAAAGGGUUAAGGGCGGCGCGGUGGGCGGGCUCGGAGCGCGGCGCCCGGCUCGGUUGGCGGAGCCCGAGCAUCUGGGGAUGCGGCGGCGGCGGCGCAGCGCGCGGCUGCGGGGACGCGCAAGGUGAACGCGGGCUGCGGGCGGGCGCCCAGGGCCAUGUGCCGGCCAGCUGUGUGACCUUGGGCCAGUCGCCCAACCUCUCUGAACCUCAGUUUUCUCUCCCAUGAAGUGGGUCUACCCACACCCGCUUGUGUUGGCAUGAGGUGGUGAGCAGGCCGCUGAGGCCGCCGGGGAGGACGCGAGCAGACCAUGGUCGCCCGUGGCGGGGAGCCCGCGCGUGGCCGGCUGCUGCUCCUGCUGUGGGCACUGGGGGCCGGCCCCGCGCUGGGCCGGGAGCUGCCCAGGCCCCCCGACGACUCGGAACCACACCUGCUCGCGGGCGCCCCGCCCCCGGCCUCCAACGUCCAGGACAGGCCCAGCGAUGGGGACCCCUGGGACCCCGCCGUGGCCCCCGUCCCCGCUGGAGAGCUGCCCCUUGGCCCAGCCCUACACGGACCGAGAGCUGCCUCGGGGGCUCCCCGGGAAGGACCGGGGGUGACCGAUGACCUGCAGAUGGCCCGAGGGCCAAGUUCUCCGGGCUGGACGGGACCGCCGGACUCCCAGGAGCCUGCACAGCCAGAAGCCCCAGGGGCGCCCCCCCAGCCCGCUCUCCCCCCCACAGCCCCCACAGCCCGGCUUGGGGGUGCCACAGCUGCCCCCUCCCCAGAGGCGCCUGCAGGCCUACAGCCACCUAGAGAGGAGGGCGUGUCGGGGGGAGCCGGGACCAGGGCCCCCGAAACGCCCCCAAGGGACCCCCAGGGCCCUCCCGACACUCUCGGCGCCCCCUUGGGCACUCCCAGAAGUCCCCCGCUGGAGGCGCGGGGUGGUGAGACCUUCCACGAGUUGGCUCGGGGACCCCCUCUCACCCAGCAGGGCCCAGCAGCCCCUGAGGGGGGCCCCGUGUCCCCAGUUGAGGCGGAGUCCUCUGCAGAGCCUGACGCCCAGCCCGGCCCGCCCGUUGCCGGAAGCCGCCCUCCCCCUCAGAAGCCGCCAGCCGCGCCCCCCAGGAAGGACGGGGGUGUGGGAGAGAGCUCCCCAAGCCCCCCAACCCAGCCGGCGGAUGCCAGGGGCCCCCCCGCCGCAGAGAGACCUGAGGCGCCAGAAGUGGCCAAGAACAACAGUGUGGACCCCAUCUCCCCGCAGCGGGUGCGAGGGGCGGUGGGAAGUCCAGGGACCCCCAAGUCUCUCAUCCCCGACCUGCCGGACCCCGGCCCAGCGCCAAACCGAACAGACAGUCCUAAAGAGGCUCUGCAGCCAGAUGACGUGGAGGAGUGGCCCCGACGCCCCCAGAGUCACCCCCCGGCGCCCCCGGUCCAGGCGCCUUCCACGUCUCGCAGGGGCCUCAUCCGUGUCACGACGCAGCGCGCCCUGGGCCAGCCGGGCCCCCCGGAGCCGUCGGCCAGCUCCAUGGCCCCCGUCCCGGUGUCCAGCCCCCCGGCCAACGCCACGGCGCCGCCCCUGCGCUGGGGGCCCCUGCGGCGGGUGCUGAGCUUCGCCUGGGAGCUGCACGUCUACGGCGUGGGGGUGCUCUUCCUGCUCCCCGCGCUGCUGGCGCUGGCCACGCUGGCGGCCGCCCCCGGGGGUCCGCGGCCCGCGCUGGCGGCGGCCGCGCUGGUGCUGGUGGCCGGGGCGCUGCGCUCGGCCUACAUGCUGGCCGACCCCUACGGCUCGCAGGCGCGGCUGGGCGCGCGGGCAGGCCUGGUGCUCUACAACCUGCCCUUCCCCCUGCUGGUGGCCGCGCUGGGGGCGCUGGCCCAGCUGGGCCUGGGCGCGGGGCUGCCGCUGCCGCUGCAGAGGCCGCUCCUGCUGGCGGCGCUGGCCGCGGCGCACGGCGCGAUCCUGCUGGCCACCGACCUGCUGUCCCCCAGGCCGGUGCUCAACCUGCUGGCCCAGGGCGUCUCGUGCGCCUGGGGCGCCGCCGUGGCCCUGGGCACACUGUGCCUGUGCCGGCGGCGCCUGCUGGCCGGGCCCCGCGCCUGGGACGCGCGCCCGGGCCCGCGGCUGCUGGCCGUGGCCGGCUCGCUGGGGCUGCUGGCCUGCGGCCUGCAGCUGGCCGCCGCGCUCUGGCUGUACCCGGGCCCCGGCCGCGUGGGCCGCUUCUCGUGGGCCUGGUGGGGCGUCCACUUCUGGCUGCGGCUGCUGGAGCUGACGUGGGCGCUGGCGCUGGCGCUGGCCGCGGUGGCCGCCGCGCGGCCCCGGCCGCCCACCGAGCACGCCUGCUGGACCAAGCUGCUCCGCCUGGCGUGCCCGGCCCCGGCGGGCAAGAGCGAGGUGCCCGAGCGCCCCAACAACUGCUACGCGGGGCCCAGCGGCGCGGGCGUGGGCGGCCUGGAGCUGGGCAGGAGCCUCAUCCGCAACGCGGCCGAGCUGGGACCGUCCAGCCCGGGCACCUGGGGCUCGGCCGCGGCGCUGUCCCGCAGCAGCGGGGGGCCCGCGCCGUCGCUGAGCGAGCUGGACCUGCAGCCGCCGUCGCCCAUCAACCUGAGCCGCAGCAUCGACGCGGCGCUCUUCCGCGAGCACCUGGUGCGCGACAGCGUGUUCCGGCGCCGCGGCCUGGCCUCCUCGCCGCCAGGGGGCGCGCUGCGGCCGCGCCGGGGCAGCCACCCCGACGGCCCCGACGGCGCGCCCGCCGCCCCGCCGCCGCCGCCGCCGCGCGCCCGCUGCCGCUCGCUGGACGACGUGCGCGCGCCCGCGCCCGCCUCGACCUCGGCCGGCUCCCCGGACAGCGGCUCGCGCGGCUCGCUGCACAUCAGCUGGAACCCGUGGCGCCACGGGCUGUCGUCGGCGGACAGCCUGCCCCUGGACGCGCCGCCCAGCACGGCGCGCCUGCUGCCCACGCCCGCGCCCGCGCCCGCGCCGCCGCCCCGCGCGCGCCCGCCCCGCGCCGCGCCCGGGGACUCGCGCAGCGCGUCCAGCGACACCAUCGAGCUCUGAGGCCCGCACCCGGGCCUGUUUUGUUUUUUUUUAAAAAAAAGAUCUAUUUUUUGCAAGGGCUGUUUUGCACAGAGGCCGUGACGCUCACGGGCCGCAGGGUGGACCUGAGGGAACGGGGGUGCGGGGGGAGCUCGUUUGUCCAGACCGUCUGUCCUCUUUGUGCCAAAGAAAUAAACCCUUUGGACGUGG